CUGUUCUCCAUGAAUGGCCAUAACUGACUAGAGCCAACAACUUCAGAUAAGCCUUCUCUCUCUCUCUCUCUCUCUAGCAGAUACAGACACAUAACAAAGGCUACUAUUUAAUGUCAGAUUGAUUGGGCAGAUUAAUGUUCUGCUAAGGUGGUCUGUUAGGGAAUGUUUAGGAGGAGAGUCAUGGAUUCCAGAUGGGCAGUGAUUGUUCUGCUAAGGUGUUGUGCAUUAAUGGCGUCUUCGAGUGCUGCAGCAGAUGAUGAGUCCUUCAGCAGAUAUGACUUCCCCCCUGGCUUUGUCUUUGGUUCAGCCACCUCUGCUUAUCAGGUUGAGGGAGCAGCAGAUGAAGAUGGGAGGACUCCCAGCAUCUGGGAUACCUUUGCACAUGCUGGAUACGUCCACGGAGCGACCGGAGAUGUAGCAUGCGAUGGAUAUCACAAAUACAAGGAAGAUGUUCAGCUGAUGGUGGAAACAGGCCUUGAUGCAUACAGAUUCUCUAUUUCAUGGUCUAGACUCAUCCCAUAUGGUAGGGGCCCAGUAAAUCCGAAGGGUUUACAGUACUACAACAACCUCAUCAAUGAACUACUUAAACACGGAAUCCAACCACAUGUAACUCUAUAUAAUUUUGAUCUUCCACAGGAUCUGGAAGACGAGUAUGGAGGAUGGGUUAGCCGGAAAAUUGUAAAAGACUUUACAGCCUAUGCUGAAGUAUGCUUCAGAGAGUUUGGAGACAGAGUUCAGUACUGGGCCACCAUUAACGAGCCGAAUGUAUUUGCCAUCGGAGGAUAUGACCAAGGAAUCGCACCACCUAUGCGGUGUUCCCCUCCAUUUGGGUUUCGUAACUGCUCGAAUGGCAACUCCACUUCCGAGCCGUACCUAGCUGUUCACAAUAUCCUUCUUUCUCAUGCUUCGGCUGCAAAACUGUACCGGAAAAACUUCCAGACCAAGCAGCAAGGAUUUAUAGGGAUCAACGUUUAUACGUUCGGGACCCUUCCUUUAACAAAUGCCACAGAGGAUGUAGUUGCAGCAAAAAGGAGUAAUGAUUUUUUACUUGGUUGGGUGGUUGAUCCACUUGUAUUCGGAGACUACCCUCAGAUAAUGAAGAAGAACGUGGGUGCCAGGCUCCCAAAAUUCACCCCCCUUCAGUCCAAAGAGGUUAAGGGAUCUGCCGAUUUUAUCGGGUUGAUCCACUACACCUCCAUCUACAUCAAAGACAAGUCCAGCAGUUUGAAUAUGGAACCUCGGGACUUUAAUUUGGACAUGGCUGUAGAAUUCUCCGGGUGGGAUAUCUCAGGAUCCUCUGAGGUUCCCCUGAUGCCAUGGGGUCUUGCACAAGUACUGGAAAUGUUCAAGCAAGAUUACCGAAACCCUCCGGUUUUCAUCUACGAAAACGGUGCGAGGACGCCACGCAACGCAACUCUACAUGACACAGGAAGGGUGAAGUACAUUCAUGCGUACAUGGGGGCCAUGCUCGAUGCAGUGAGGAACGGCUCAAACACAAGGGGAUACUUCACAUGGUCCUUCCUUGAUGUAUUUGAGUUAUUGGACGGCUACGGAUCAAGCUUCGGUCAUUACUAUGUCGACUUGGAUGACCCGGAUCUGAGGAGGUACCCCAAGUACUCUGCGCAUUGGUACUCUAAGUUCUUGAGGGGAGAAUCUGUGGGCCCAAAUGGAGAUAUCAAGAUGAUGUCGAAGCACAAUCUGUUGGAUUCGCAUCGUGCUCGUGCCGUUCAGUAGAUUCUCGUUCGUUUUUGCAAAUUCCUCCGCUUUUAGCAUUUCUUUUAUCCUAAAGACUUUUUCUAUGAAGUUUUAUUACAGCUGAAUCUUUAGAAUAGUAAUGCAGAACUCAAAAAAAAAAAAAAGGUUACUGAUGCAAUAUAUUGUUUGUAUCUAACAUUUCAUGUACAAUAAAAGAGAGCAAAAACUUUGGUAAGUGUACAAA